AUGGGGCAGAGCCAGGGGCGCGUCCGCCCGCCCGGGGGUCAGGCCCGGCUCGCCCCGCGGCCCCCGCCGGCGGAGGGGCGUUCCCGGCGGCUCCGGGGUCGGCGCGCACAGGGGGAAGCAGCGCCCCUGGCCACCUGGGCUGCGCCCCCCGCCCCGGCCGCGCGGAGCCGGACCUCGCGGGGGACGGGCUCGGGCGACGGGGCUGGUGUCACAGAACUCCGUGCCCCAAAGAGCGGGGGCGGAGGGCUGCGCCCCGGGCGCCCGGGACGCGGACGGCGGCGCCAGGGCGGGCGCAGGCAGCUCGCCAAGCAGGGCCGCUCGGGACCCGAACCGGGCACCGCGCCCGCAAGUCCUCAGGCCUCGGUGCGGGCUCGGCGGGGGCGCCGGGCGCAGGGACGCCCCUCCGCCGAGGACUCGGGCACCCCGGGCGCCCUUGCCGCGCCCCUCGCCCGACCCGCAGCCCGCGCGGGCGCCUUCGCCUUCGCAGCGUUCCUCGGGACCCACGCGUCUCCCGGCCCCGCAGGGCCCCGUGCGUCCCGGAUGCCGCAGGAUGGCGCCCCCGGAGCCCCCACGCCCGACCCCCACCCCCCGCCCAGCAGGUCCACGCAGCCGCCCGCCCCGGCCCCGCGCUCAGUCAAGCCCGAGAGGCCCUGGCCCGGCCCCAGGUUAGCUCAGGGGCGCGUCCUGUUCCCGGGAACCCCGAGGAUUUCCGAGCCCCAGCGCCCCCCCGACCCGGGGAAGCCCCGCCUCAGCCCGCCGGUCUCUCUUCGGUCCGCAGGGAGCCCCGCCUGCUCCCCAUACAGCGGGCGCCAGGGCAGGGGGUCAGGGACAGGCCCACAGCGCUGGCCUGGCAGGCCGCUGACCACCGCUGGGCAUCCGCCGGGCGAGGCGGGUCACCCCUCCCGCUACUCCCCGCAAGAGCCUGACCAAGCCCCGCCCCACGCCGGCCCCGGCAUCCGGGCAGCGGGGCCAGAGCCGACCGGCGCCUCAGCGCCUUUUUAUGCAACCUGUGCUUCCCGGCUUGUGGGCUGGCCCAAUCAGGUGUGA